GCCUAAUUCUCAUAAGUCCGUAUUUCAGCGAAUAGAAAGAUGAGCGCCCAUUCAAAAGAUAAAAUGAGCGGUCAGAGCGGGAACAUUUUAAGGUACAAAAGACUCAAAAACAACGUCACAGGCUCCGCACGUGCCAUCAUCCCGCCCUUUCUCCAUUUCCCCCAAAUCUCAAAUUCUCAAAUCCCUAUCUCUCUCUCUCCCCCCCAGAUUCACAUCACUUGACAAUGUCUGAAGACCCGAGUCGACUCGGAAGCUCAACAGCCGCCGGAAGAGAGCUUAUAGCUCUCGGACUCACCAAUUCAGACGGCGACGAGCAUCUCUACCACCAACAAGCCUCGGAGUUAUGCCGUCACCUACUCCACCUUGGCCACUCCGAAUCCGUUGCGCAUCUUUCUUCGCGGUGUACACACUUGCAAGCUUCUCCUGAGCUCCUUAAGUUUCUUUGCUCGAUCCCUAACUCCCCUAUCUCCCUCACCGAAGAUGGCAUAUUCGUGACUCUCUCGUGCGAGUUUCUCUCCGAUCCGGCUAGUUUCGCGUCUAGUCUGGGUAUGCCGGAGCACGAUUUGUGUGAGAAGAUUUCGCGUUUUACGGAUUCGAUGUCGCCCAAGCAUAAGCAUAUGAGAGAAAACGAGGAAAAAGAGGAGCUACAGCUCAUGCCAUUGCCAAAACGAAGCCGAAAUAAUGAAAUCAAUGCUAGUUACAGAGCUAAUGAGAUUACAACUAUUGUGAAUGGUUCCAUGCUUGAGACGCUUAAGGCUUUUGAAACCCAAGCUUCGCUUAUAAGUUUAGGCGGAGAACUACUGGCAUUUGACCAAAGUCCUUGGUCGAGUGGUUGCGAGAUGUUCACCAAUGUUCCAGUGGAUGUUGAUCCUAUGCAUUGCUUGGAGGAGAUCAAGCAAGAUUCGCCAUUUCCUGGAGAGUUUGGAUACUGUAACCAACUUGAGAUUGGAGAUUUUCAAAUUGUUGACAACCUAAGUUUAAUCGAAGAAGAAGAAGAGGAUAACAACGAGGAUUUGUUACCUGAGGGGGAGAUACAAACUCCCAAUGUGCAGUCUGAACCCACACCAUCAGAAAAUGAGUUAAGAUCAGUGGACAUUGUGGAGGAUACUGAAGAUAAGCUUGCCUUGAGUUGUAACCCAUUGAAGCAAGAGGGUCAGACUGUAGAGGUCUUCAGCACCCCUGUAAAAGAGAUACCGUUGAAGCCUUCUGCUGUAACAGUUAAUCAAGAUAGCUCUUUGGUACAUAAAGCUCAGGAUCUGUGCAAACCGUCUGGAAACAGCAAAGCAUAUAGCUGUUCUCCUGAGAAAAAAUACACCAGGAAAAAUAAAGCUACUCAGAAGGCAAAACAGAAUCUGAACUCCAUUCGACCUAAAGACCAGAAGUCAAAGCAGAUCACAUUUUCAGAUUUUGAUGCUUACACUGUUGUAGAGGAAGAAGGCUCAGGUGGCUACGGUAUUGUUUAUAAGGCAAGGAGGAAAACUGAUGGAAAAGAGUUCGCCAUUAAAUAUCCACAUGCCGGUGCUCAAAAACACUAUAUUAAUAAUGAAAUCAGAACGCUCGAACGUUUUGGGGGGAAAAACUUUAUAAUAAAAUAUGAAGGCUGUCUCAAGAACGGAGAUUCUGAUUGCAUUAUCCUUGAGCACGUUGAACAUGACAGACCUGAUCUUUUGAAGAGAGAAAUAGAUGUGUAUCAGCUACAGUUAUACGGCUACUGCAUGUUCAAAGCUCUGUCAACUCUUCAUAAGCAGGGUGUUGUUCACAGGGAUGUUAAGCCAGGCAACUUCCUUUUCUCUAGGAAGAGCAGGGAAGGUUAUCUCAUUGACUUUAACCUCGCCAUGGAUAUGCACCAGAAGCACAGGAGAGCCGAUAAAUCAAAAGCAGCUACAGUUCUCCCAACUGUCAGCAAGAGGCAUCAGACAUUGAUUAACGCUCCUGACACAACAAACCGAGUGACCAACAAAUCUUCUCAGAAAACUCUAGCGCCCAAUAGCCUGAAGAAAGCAGCGGGAAAGAUAAGAUCUCGGAAUGACAUGAGCAGAUGGGAGAGAUUCAACAGCCAAGGGGGAGAAGGAUCUGGCUUAACUUCGGCCAAAGAUGUGACCAGCACAAGGAACAACCCUUCAGGUGAAAAGAGGAGAGAGCCUUUGCCAUGCCAUGGAAGGAAAGAGCUUUUAAACUUUCUGCAGGAGACAAUGUCUGGUCCAGUUCCAAACCAUGAAGUAUCAUCCAAAGCUCCUACGUCUAUGAGAAAACGUGUCGCUGCUCUUCCAGAGAAAGAUGAUGGGCUUGUUUAUCUGACCCCAAUGCCGCUGCGCUCUAACGGUAGGCCCGAAGCAGGGGAUGUAGUUAAACAGAAAGACGGUCCUUGCUCAGGAACCAAAGGCUUCCGUGCUCCAGAGGUUUGCUUAAGAUCGUUGCACCAAGGACCUAAGAUAGACGUGUGGUCUGCAGGAGUAACUUUGUUAUACCUAAUGAUGGGAAGAGCACCUUUCACUGGUGACCCUGAACAGAACAUAAAGGAUAUUGCGAAUCUACGAGGCAGUGAAGAAUUAUGGGAAGUAGCCAAGCUGCACAACCGUGAAUCUUCUUUCCCUGAGGAAUUGUAUGAGUCAAGGCACUUGAAAGGGAUGGAGUUGAGAAAAUGGUGCGAAUUCAACACAAAACGCAGAGACUUCCUAGACGCUAUUCCACGGUCGCUCCUAGACCUUGUUGAUAAGUGUUUGACCGUUAACCCAAGGCUACGACUCAGCGCGGAGGAUGCUCUGAAGCACGACUUCUUCCAUUCAGUUCAUGAAACCCUUAGAAAACAAAGGGUCCUUAAGCAGCAGCAGCAGCAAACGCAUCCUUCAGUGGUUGUUGACGCAGUAGACCAAACGAUACACUAAUAUUACAAAUGUAAAGUAAAAUAGUAACUUGACACCUUGAAUUUUACUUCUUUUUCACUCCACAGAGUCCACACCGCACCUUGCACGACAUGCAAAUUUUUUUAACGUUUUAAGUUUGUUUACUGGCAGAGAUGACUCAAAUGUAAUUCUAAACAAGUAAAGAAGGGUAGAGUUUUCAGACUGUAUAGAAGUUGUCGCAGCACUACAAUGAUUUGGAACU